GUAAACAAGAAGCUCACAUGUCCGGGCCCAAGAUGGCGGCGGACAGUGAAGUGUAAACAUCCGUCCGCGGUGAUUUAACAAAUCUUCAGUUUUAAGUUUUAAAGCGUCAAACAGCCACAAAACUUCAAGAUUUCUGCGUCCAAACGAGCCGAACCUCAGCGGCAGGAUGAGUAACAUUUACAUUCAAGAGCCGCCGACAAACGGAAAGGUCUUGCUGAAGACUUCAGCAGGUGACAUUGACAUUGAGCUGUGGUCCAAAGAGGCUCCUAAAGCAUGCAGGAACUUUGUGCAGCUGUGCAUGGAAGGUUACUACGAUGGCACGAUGUUUCACCGAGUGGUGCCUGAGUUCAUCGUCCAGGGAGGGGAUCCCACCGGAACAGGAGCAGGCGGAGAAUCCAUCUACGGCCGGCCGUUUAAGGACGAGUUUCACUCCAGGCUGCGCUUCAAUCGGAGAGGUUUGGUCGCCAUGGCAAAUGCCGGGCCGCACGACAACGGCAGUCAGUUCUUCUUCACCUUGGGACGAGCGGACGAGCUCAACAAUAAACACACCAUAUUCGCCAAGGUGACGGGAGACACAGUUUAUAACAUGCUCAGAUUAGCAGAAGUCGAAUGUGACAACGAGGAGAGACCUUUGAAUGCCCACAAGAUAAAAACGACAGAGGUGCUUCACUCUCCAUUUGAUGACAUCAUCCCCCGAGAAUUAAAGAAAGCCAAAAAGGACAAAGACAAAGAGGAAGGAAAGAAGUCGCAGUCCAAAGCCACAAAGAACUUCAGUCUGUUGUCGUUCGGAGAGGAGGCUGAAGAGGAGGAGGAGAUGGUGAAUCAAGUGAGCCAGACUUUAAAGGGAAAGAGCAAAAGCAGCCACGACCUCCUGAAAGACGACCCCAGACUGAGCUCUGUUCCAGCAGUCGAUAAGAAAAAGAAGAAGCGGGCAUCAGGAGACGGAGCUGAGUCGGACGAAGAAGUCGAAGGCGACGUCGAAGACGACCAGGACCCGGAUGAAGAGCACGACCCGGAGAAGAGGGAGAAGAUGCGAGAGCUCGUCAGCAAAAAGCUCCAGAAGGAAAAAGGCGGCGAGAAAACGACGGAGCCCGGCGAGGAGGAGGAGCGAGGGAGAAAGGCGAGCCGCAGUGACGAAUUACGGAAAGAGGCGCGGCAGCUGAAGAAGGAACUUCUGGCCAUAAAGCAACGGAGAGAAGAAAGUUUAAAACCCGCCGUGGAAGAAGUCAAGGAGGAGGAUAAAAAGCCGUCGAAUGAGGCCGUGGCUGAAUAUCUGGAGGGACGAAAGAAGUACGAAGAGCUCCGCAAACAGAAGAAGAAGAAAGGCUCCACCAGAGAAGAGCAGACGCUGGCUCUGCUCAAUCGUUUCAAGUCCAAGCUGUCUUCAGCGAUCACCGACGCUCCGGAGGAGGACGUGGAGGAGCUGGAAGAAGACGACGACAAAGGAUGGAUGGCCCACGUUCUGCAGUUUGACGAGCAAUCCAGAAAAGUCAAGGAUGCCAACGUGCACGACGAGGACACCUUCGAGAUCUACGACCCGCGCAACCCCGUCAACAAACGGAGGCGAGAGGAGAGCAAGAAGAUCAUGAAGGAGAAGAAGGCCAAGAGGUGAGGUCACGAGGGUCGGAGGUCAGAGUCCAGCCCAAAGCCAUGUGGGACGGACAAACCGCUCAUCCAGCCUGUCCACUUCAAACCCGCUUCGAACUUUGUCUCCUGGCUCGAACAUCUGGAUUGAGGAUGUUGACCCGAGCGCAUACGAUCCCUGUAAUCUGUGAUGGAAAGGCUUCUCGGGUCAGAACAGCUGCUCCUGGACUCACGAGGAUUAAAACUGUUGUCAUAGUAACGAUGAUUUGAUGACGUGUAACUUUUCUACGCUGUUCUUUUCCUGUUCCUGUCGUGUAGAGCUUAAACAGAAUAAAUAAAGUCUGAAACGAUU